AUGCCCGUCCCAGGUUUCCUUUCGUCCUUUGCAGACAAGGCCCAGUCCGCCAUAAACGCAACCCCGCUUGCAGGCCACAUCCCCCACACCUCUCCCCCUCCCCCCGCAGACCAAGCCCAUCCCCUGCCCCCCUCCUCCUCCUACAAAUCCCAUGCACUCGAGUCCCUCCAGCACCAAAUCCGCACUUUCGGUCAACAGUACAUCGCCACCUCCACCCUCCCCGUGCAACGCAUCAUCACCGUCCAAAAGGGCGUAGCUCUCUCUUUCGAUGCCCUUUCCCGCGACUCAAAGGCGCAGAGCAAGGAGCUUUAUACCUGGGGGCAGGGCGAGGACGCAGAUCUCAAGGACGUUUCUGACAGACUCGCCUAUCUCAAUUUUGUCCAGGGGUCUUUGGCUGGCACGUUGGCGAACAAGCUGGAUGCCGCGAGGACGCCGUUCAAGGCUUUGAGAGAUGCUGAGAACGCACUCGCACCCCGUCGCGCAGCGCGCCAGGGCCUUCAAAACCAGAUCGCGCGUACGGAGCAUGAUCAGCUCAAAGGCUCAGAACAGCGUCUCGCAGAGCUCAAACAACAGCUCUCCCGCGCAGAAGCCGCCGACGAGCAGCCCGAAAAAGACGUCGAGCUCCUCAAGAGAAAGGCUCUCCGCGAGAGCGAGUUGGCAAAGUGGGACGCCAUGCGCGAGUACGGCGAGAAAAUCGUCCUCCUCUCACAAGCCUCAAAAUCCAUCAUCGGCGCACUCCCCACUCUCCCUCCCUCCCCCUCCUCCCCCUACACCGCAGCUCCAUCCACAGCAGCAGCCCGCGCCUCCCUCCAACGCGCCCUCGACAAUUACAAAACGGGCCACAUCAACCUUCCCCCUCCCUCUCCCUCUCCCUCCUCCCACGGCGGUGGCUCAGAUAUCGACGGCGACACCCGCUCCUUUGGCGAGAGCCACGCCAACGAGCUCGACAGUCUCGCAUCCGAGUCGGACCACACCCAGCCUGGGAUCCCACUCACCCCGCCGCCGCCUCAGCCCAGGAGUGUCAGUGGGACGGAGCAGGGAGGAUCGGCGGAGGACGCAGAGAGGACGCGUUCCCCGCCUAUCAACCCGUCUGCGCUCAACAACGCCCCUGCGCUUCUCCCAGCUCCCAUCCCCUCUUCCUCUCCCAGCGCGUUCCCCUCUGCCCCUGGCCUUGUCGACACGUCUUCGUCGUCGUCCGCUCCAGCUCAGACGACGUCGCCGCUGACAAUCCCACCUCAGCCUACGAUCGCUGAGACGGGUGUCCCGUUGAGCGCGUCUUCUGCAUCAGGUCCUGGGCCUAAGAGUGGGUCGUUGAAGGAUGUGAGAGGGGCGAGGGAGGAUGCGGGGGUGAGGAGUGGGGGUGGCUAUGGUGGCUAUGGGCAGACUCCGAGUCCCCAGGCGGCGACGACGGAGGCUGCGCAUCCGACUGCAGAGGAGGAAAAGGCGAGGUUGGAGAGGGCUGAGAGGGAGCGCGUUGCUUCCUCGUCUGCCAAUGAGAGUGCUCCGACGACCGCGACGCCCGGGUAUGAGACUGCGGAAGAAGAGAAGAAACGGUUGGAGAAGGAGGAAAGGGAGAGGGUGCUUGCGGGCGGUGGUGCGAAUCAGAAUGUGAGUGCGAAUGAAGGAGAAGGGGCGAAGAAGGAGGAUGAGGAUGAGGAGCUGCCUGCGUAUCAGGAGAUGUGAGACUGUUUAUGACGCAAAGGAAGGAAGGAAGAUAGGACGAUCCUUACUGUACCACCACCUCAAUUCGCCACGACAGGCGAUCGGAUUUACCCCUAUAUUUUGCUUACAACAAUGCUGGGAUUUGGAUCUGGAGUGGAUUUGAUACGUGAUAUUUUACUGCGUUACUGAUUCUACUGAUUCUACUAUGUAUGUACAUUAAUGUCGGUUGGUUUGUCGAUCAACGGACCGUCAAUGCCAGUGGUCAUGAUUUUGUGACUUUGUA